AUGGCUGAUCCGUUCGCGCCGCGCUCGAUGAAGCGCAAGAAUGUCAAGGGUCUUGCCCUGACACCUGCAGCCCCGCGACCCCCGCCAACUGCGGAAAGCUGGUCCGGCGCUGACGGCGGCAGAGAUGAUAACAAAGACGAGCAGCUCGAGAUUGGUAUCGAGUACAAGCUGGACCUGAGACCCCAAGAUCUGGAAAUAAUGAAGGAGCUUGGAUCCGGAAAUGGAGGCACCGUUAGCAAAGUCAAGCACCUUACCACCGGCACGGUAAUGGCUCGCAAGGUUAUCCAUGUCGAGGCAAAGAAGGAAAUGCGCAAGCGAAUCGUCCGAGAACUUCAGAUUAUGCACGGAUGCCAUUCUGACUACAUUGUCAACUUUUACGGCGCAUUUCUCAACAGCAAUAACGAUGUCAUCAUGUGUAUGGAGUAUAUGGACGUGGGCUCACUGGAUCGAGUUUCGAGAGUCUUCGGGCCUGUUCGGGUUGAUGUCCUUGGGAAAAUCGCCGAAGCCACCCUAGGAGGCUUGACGUACCUCUACUCAAAGCACCACAUCAUGCACAGAGAUAUCAAGCCGUCCAACAUUCUUGUCAACUCUCGAGGGUCUAUCAAGUUGUGUGAUUUUGGCGUUUCUGGCGAACUGAUUAAUUCGAUUGCCGACACGUUUGUGGGCACUUCAACGUACAUGGCCCCGGAGAGAAUUCAGGGCGAAAGGUACACGGUCAAAUCGGAUGUGUGGAGUUUCGGCUUGACUGUCAUGGAGCUUGCCAUUGGCAAGUUCCCAUUCGCAUCGAGCGAACAGUUUUCCGACGAGGAUUGCGCUCCAGCUGGUAUUCUGGAUCUGCUACAACAGAUUGUGCACGAGCCCGCACCACGAUUGCCCAAGAGUGACGCAUUCCCUAGCAUUCUGGAAGACAUGAUUCAAAAGUGCCUCUACAAGCAACCUGAUCAGCGGCCAACACCACAGGAGCUUUAUGACCACGACCCAUUUGUACAGGCUGCCAAAAGGACUCCUGUUGAUCUUCGCGAGUGGGCAUUUGGCCUCAUGGAGAGAGACAAUCGCAAAUCACACCUCGCACCUCAACUAUCACCCGCCACUCAAGAUCUUCUUCGGUCUAGCGACUCCCCAACCUACUUGACACAAAACGAAGACCGCAUGACACCCACACCCACCUCUGGUGAUAUCCCCAUUGGCGGGGCUGGAAUCAUUUCACCCCGCGAUCAACCUAGCCGUUCACCCAGCAGGAACGGCAACAUCAGGACGCCUGGCUCAGUACCACACCCCGGGAUGGGAAUGAGAGUGGCAACGACGAAUUCAGUGCCCCAAACAUCACACUAUGCAGAACUGUCAGGCCCUGCGAGUGCGAGCUCGGCAACAUUUAGCCUUCCGGUCCGCGCAGGGCCCCCAGGAAACCCAAUGCCACCGCCACUGGCACGACGACAGACUCCUGAUGAUUUCCGCAGGGAGACUCGCCGCCAAGCCACGUUUGGAUUGCCCCCAAAUCCCAGCCCUAGCUACGGAUUAUAA